AUGGCUCGAGUAUCGGCGAAAGGCCUGACGAUUCGCUUGCUCGUUGCUGUCGUCAGCUUGCUGUGCGUGACGCAAGUCGCGUUAGCUUAUACCGGGUAUCAGCAGUUGGUGGCGAAGCUGACGAAGUUGAAAUACAGCACCGCCAUUGCAGCGUGGGAGACGUCUGGCCUGAACAACACGCUCCAGGAAUGGCUGCCAAAGUCGCAGAUGACGAUAUUUGUGCCGCGCAACAGCGCGUUUGACAAGCUCACGGGCAGCUUCCAGUACUCAAGGCUCAAGAAGAACCCCAAGGCGCUGCUGCAAGUCAUGUCGUACCACGUGUUGAGUCAACGCUUCUACAAAUCCGCGAUUGACGCGCUGAAAGUGGGAACGCGGUUUGGCACACUCGAUUACAAGUUUGUCAUGGUGAAGUCGGCUGACAAGCCUUCAAAGUUCACCAAGCCUGGAGCUUCGGGAGGGCUCCAGAUUGUCGUUCCAGACCUGUAUGUGGACCCGCAGGUUAUUGUGCAUGGGGUUGACACCGUCAUCAUCCCACCCGCAAUCAAAUGA